GACAGCAGCGCACAAAAUAAGUCGCCAAUGACGGUGUUCAUCGGCAUCGUCAUCAGCUUGGUGUGCCAACUUAUUAGUGGCAUUUCCAUCAGCAUCAGAAAGAAGGCGUUGAAAAAUGUGGCCAUGAUGGGCGGCCGCCCCGCCUCUGAAGGAGGUCUUGGGCACCUAAAGUCGGGCUUAUGGUGGACGGGAUUGAUUCUGAUGUUCGCAGCCCAGGGCGCCGUGGGCAUUUCUCUUAUCUUCGCCCCCGCCGUGGUUGUGGCGCCCCUGGCCGUCCUCAGCAUAGCGGGCGCCGUCAUAGGAGGACGCCUCAUAAUGAAAGAAAAGCUCUGCGUGUUCGGCUGGAUGGGAUGCAUCAUGGUCAUGACAAGCUGUGCUAUCUUCUCCAUAUGUGCUCCUUCAGAAAUCGAUUUGAAAGAUGCCGAAGAGUUUGAUAACCUUUUCAAAUCAAUUAGUUUCAUUUCAUAUACAUCUACAGUGACAAUAAGUUCAUUACUCACUAUUAUUUUGGCUAAGAAAUUUAACAGCAGUCAUUUCUUGAUUUACUCUCCGGUAGUGGGAGGUAUUGCUUCGCUGAGUGUAUGGCUUUCCAAAGGCUUUUUGGUGUGCGCGACGAACGGCGUCUUCAACAUUUGGAGUAUGUGGGUCGCUCUAGGGAUUUUCGUAGCAAUGACGCUGCUCGGUCUAUAUGCCAUGCAUGUAACACUUCAUGUGUAUGAUUCGUCACAAAUAUCAGCGAUGAAUUAUGUUAUUUUUUCAACUUUGACAAUUCUUUGCUCAACGGUACUCUUCCCAAUCAAAAUUGUCCUACAAGUCCGGGACGCAUUCUUGAUGGGCCUUAGUUUUAUGGGCAUCAUUGUGGGAUUGUUUGUUAUGAUUGUUGGGAAAAAAAUGCCUCUUAGCUUCAAAGACAUCGUACUUAAGAAAAACGAAGAAGAAACCAACCAUUCUUCUCGCAGUAUCACCACCAGCAAUGAAGAUAUAAUCUCACAAGCAGCCACUGAUGUCGCUUGAACGCUUCGUUGGUCCACCCUAUCCUCUUCAGUUACGUUACUUUGUGUUCAAAAACUAACUUUAUUGCACGAUAUCCAUCCAAUGUUGAGUUUUUAAAAAGGGAUUUUAAGAUUGAUUCUUAAUGUUGAAAAAUAUAUUCAAAUCCAGAGUUAAUUCGUGUUUAUAGCAUUCAGAAGUUAACUUCAGUAAAAUUAAAUAUGUUAACAAGUUAACAAUAUUAUAAUGUGCACAAUGUAUAUUAAUUUCAAGUACCUGAUGGCCUACUACUAUUAUUCACCAAUAUCUUUACUAUUCUUGUAUAUGGCUUGUCUUUUGUUUUAUUUUACCUGUUACAGCCCAAGAACUCACAAAGUAUCUUGAGUUUUAACAAUCAACAAAUUUGGAAAAUAUCUCGCAUGCCUACACAAUUUUACUUCCUACGUGAUGCGGUUGCAAGUAAUCACCCAUUACAUUCCUAGCUAUAGGUAGAGAGUAAUAGUCAAGAAACGAGUAAGAAUUACUCAACUAUAUACAAGCGUUAACCUAAAACAAUACAAUUUAAUCGCUACGUAGAAGUACCAUUGACGCAUACACGUAAUGAAUAAAUAAAAGCUUCUAAGCUACAUAAUAAACUACAUAAUGCAAGCUAGGCAAUUUUUUAAAUAGGGUUCACUGCAAUUUAGUCAUUGAUUAAUUUACUGAGAAUUGCGCAUGUGAUCACGUAGUGUCGGUAGUGAUACAGUUUACCCUGUUCGAAAGUUGAAGGUUAUUGUUGGUUGUUAGCUACUUUAGCCUAUGUUACAAACCUUGGUAUCAUCGAUCUUGAUGAUAUGAUGUUGAUGAAAAUGCCCCUCCUUUCAGUUAGGCCGUCGCAACUCGACAAAUGAGAAAAAACUUAUGCCUGUACGUUCCACGGAGAUAUAUUAUUUUGAUCUGCUCUGUAUCUCAAUGUAAUAUGUGCACAGAGUUGAACAAGAUCUGAUCCAAAAUAAA